CGCGCCCGCGCCCUAUAUAGCCAACGCAAACACGAGCACUGAGACGGCUCCGGUUCAUCCAUUCCUUCUCCGGCGGCUCGAUCGACGUCUCACCAUCCCACACAGCUGUUCGUUGCACAAGAGCAAGCCGGUGAUCGGAUCGAGGCAGACGGCCGCGGCGCGCAAGCUGGUCCGACAUGCACAGAGCUUCACCGUGGAACUCUUCUUCUUCUUCGUCUUCGUCAUCUUCCCCACGUAGCAGCAAGCGCGCGCGCCUCGACGCCCUCGCCGCCUCCGGCAUCGGCAGGCUCCUUCCCUGGCCUUCCCCGCGCGGUCCGGCCAGCCAUGGCGUCGCCCUUUCUGGCAGCCUCUUCUUCCUCUUCCGCUUCGUCGCCCCUCUCUUACCUGAUCCCUAGGCCGCCUUCCUCCUCCCUCGUGCCGCAACCGCAAGCGCAAGGCGGCUUCUCGUGCGGUGCUGCUCUGGCCGGAGCGUACGGCGGCAACGGCUUCGGCGGCGCGGGCGUCGAGGCGGCGGCGGCGGUGAGGCAGGGCGGCAGGCACGCGGGCCACCCGCCGCUGCCGCGCCCGCCGCCCAGGCAGUGCCCGCGGUGCAGGUCCGCCAACACCAAGUUCUGCUACUACAACAACUACAGCCGCAAGCAGCCGCGCUACUUCUGCCGCGCGUGCCGCCGCCACUGGACCGAGGGCGGCACGCUGCGCGACGUGCCCGUCGGAGGCGGCCGCAAGAACAGGCGCAACGGCGGAGGCAACAACAAGGGGGGCGCGAAGGCGCCUUCCACCACCACCGGCACCGGCACGGCGUCCUCCGCUGCGGCGGCAGCGGCAGCCGGUCAUGUCCAGGGCGGCAUCGGAUCCGGCGCCCUCGAAGGGUUCGUCCCGGCCGACGUCCUGAGGCAGAUGCUGUUCCAGCCUGCCAGCUUCACGGCCGUCGGCGGGGGCAGCGGCGGCUACAGCAUCGACCUGGGCGCGUGGCAGCAAAUGGCGGCUGCUACGGCAGCACCGCAGGGCGACCAAGAUGUUGGCACGGUCGGAGGAACGCCGCCGGCGGCAGAUGCCAACUGCGGCGCCGGAGUGCAGUUCUGGAGCGGGUGGCAGGCGCAAGAUGACAUGUCCGGUUUCGAUGCACCUUUCUAAGUACGUGAGCUUCAGAGUUCAGGCACGCGAGGUUCCGCCGUCCCUCCGGCUGCCUGGCCUUGCCAGUGGCGCGAUGUCGAUGAUCCACGUACACGAAGAAGUGACAAUCUAAGUUAUUGGGUCUGCCACUAGUAACAUUGUCAGUAUUUAUAUGUGCGUAUCUAUAUGCGUAUAUCUGAACGCAUGAAGUACUACGUAUAGUACGUACUAUAUAUGAAGAGUUUACCCUUUAACCGUGCAAGGUUUGUGAGGGUAUUUUCAGUCUGAUAUAUGUGUGUACAUUUGGCAUUUUCAAGUAAUUUUAUGGCCCUCCAACUCAACUCUCAAUUGUAAUGGCCAUUUUAUAUGUAACCUACAUUUAUAACCGAGAUGUCCUAUCUCUUAUGAUUAAAUCUCAAAUGCGAUGAGAACCAAUUAUAGAAGAUAAAUAAACUUCCUACAAGAAGAAAAGGAAAUCACACGAUACAAAACAAACGUCCAGCGAAUUUUCCUCACAGAUUGAAUCACAGUUCUAAAAGCUUUUCAAGUAGCUUCUCUUCUCUAUACCAUACAAAAAGAAGAAACGAAGGCAAUGGUGGGUACAGGGUCAAUCUCGCUGAGCAAUCGAAUACAUACAUGCAGAAUCUAUAU